AUGUUGACUCGGUUGUUCCGCAGAGCGCCAAACCACACUCGCCUCACUCAGAGCGACACCGAGAGCCUUGACAGCGACACACUUUUGCAGAGCUUAACGACUUCACUCGCCCCGAAGAUCUCUCCCUUCCCAGAUGCUGAAUACCAAGCUGCAUUCAAGACACUUGUGAUCUGCAGUGUCGUGUACCUGAGCAUAGGAUUCUGGAUCGCACGUAGCGUGCGCGAAGCGGACUUUGUCACUGAUCCUGACGAGUUCUGCAUCAACCAUGUCAACCAAUAUUCACCGGUGGUAAGAGACGUAGAGCCGAGAUGGCACACCCAACAGUUCAACGGGUCAUUUUUGCAUGAGAACGUCUAUCGACAGUCAGCUGGGCCGGCAGUGGAUGCUGCAUGGGAGGCGUUAGGAGUAGGCUUUCGAAGCGUCGUCGUUCCGGAAAGCGAAGCUCAGAAAUCAGGAAUUCGAGACAGUCAGGUGAAAAUCAGUGAAGAAUAUGGUGGCGGGUUCCCAGCCAACGUCGAAGGAUUGCAUCAUAUGCACUGUCUGGAUCUUCUUCGAAAGACUCUCCAUUGGAACUACGAUUACUACCUGGCCGCAGGAGAAGGUCCUUUCGUCAACUCCGAGUACAUUGUACAAAUUCACACCACUCAUUGCUUGGACAUGCUGAGGCAGGUGCUGAUGUGCAAGCCAGAUGUCGGAGUGCUAGGUCAGGUGUGGUGGAAGCCGGAAGGUGAUGCUCACCCCAUGGCGUUCGUCGACUUCAAUACGAAACAUCGAUGCCGUGACUACGAGGGCAUAAGAAGAUGGGCCGAGGCGCACCAAAUGCCGCCGGAAGAGGAAGUUGACAUGAGCCGCUUCUACGAGCAACCAAGGCCUGAACACGUGUAUCCUGCCAUACCUUGA